AAUGAAUUCUGAAGUCUAAGACAUUAUAGAUUUAUAUUAGUAGAUAGUUUCUAAUUUAGAUUAGGAUCCAUAACGAGAUGUUACUAUGUAUUUUAUAAUUUGAAAGUAUAAUAGUGAGUAACUAAAAAAUGAAAGAAAUUAUUGCACAAUAUUUAGAAUCAUGUUUCCAUUUUUAGAGAAGGAAAUUGAUAAUAUUCAAAAAGAAAGAAAUCCAACAGGUGAGAAAUUGUAAGGACUAAUCGAAUUUUUAGUAAAUCAUCUUGAAAAUAUAAAUAGUCUUAUCCAGUUUUAACAAUGGAUUUAUCGCAUAUAAGUGGUCAUUCUAUUGCAUAAGGAGAUUUGAGGCAUCUUUAUAACUUUUUAUAAAUUUUACUUGAACUAUCAAAGCUUUAUAAGGAUUAAGUUUAAAAUACAAGAUCAAAUUCAACAAGCUAAUAAAACAAUAUAACUCCUCCAGAAUAAUAACUUGGUAAAUAAUUUUCACUAAUUUAGAUUAUUUUAAAGAUAAUGAUGAUAAUGAGCAAUCAUCUUAAGGGGAUGGUGAAAAUUAGUAAACUGAUAAAAUUGAAAGGAAAGGAUCCUAAUAACAUUUGAAAAAUGAGGCAAAUGUAAAUAAGAAUGCUGUUACUCAAAAUUAACUAUCUAAAAAUCAAAGAAAAUCUUCAGCUAGAAAAUAGGAUUAGAAAAAAGUACUUAAUUCAAAGGGAAAUCAGUUAAAAGCAAUUAGAAAUAAUUUGUUACCUGUAACCUAACUCUAAUAGAGAAUUAUAACAUAAGAUCCAAAUAUAGCUUUAAAAUUCAAAAAUUAAUAAUAGUAGCAAUAAAAGAAAACAUUAAAAAAAUAAUAACAUUCUUAAUCUCCUUAAGAGGAAGAAUAAUUAGAUUAAAUGGAUUUCGAAGAUAUUAGUGAUAUAGAUUAUGAUUUCUUGGAAAAAUAUGAUGAAGAAGAAAUUAAUCAAUUAGAAGAUGAUGAUCCAACAAAAAUAAAAUAUAAUAGAGAACUAUAAAAGGAUGAUAUUAGAAAAUUAUUAUAAGAAAAAAUGAAAGAAGGAGAAGAAUUAGGGGAAUAACCAGAAAUUGAUGAUUUUAUAGAUUUUUAAAUUAAAGUCAUUAAAAAAUCAUUAGGUAAUAUGAAAAAUUUACCUCCAAGCGAUGAAAAAGAAACUAUUGAAAACAUCAUAAAAAAUAGAAAUUAAUAUAAAGAAUUUUUAAAAGAUUAUCUUAAAACUUAUUAAUAAAAAUAAUAGAAACAAGAAUCAUAAUAAAAUAAAUCAAUACAAAAUUAAAAGUAACUUACUAAAAUGAAUCAAAAAAAGAAAGAUGAUUUAAAAAAAGAAUUUGAAAAUGAGCAUUUGUCAAUGUAUUAUAAAUUAAGAGAUGAAAAAUUAAAUUAUUUAAGAAAAAUGUAAUAUUUUAUUAAAUUCUCAUAGUCAUCGAAUCAUCUUUGAAUUAGAAAAAAGAAAGAUUAUAGAUGAGAAAAAGGAUCAUCUAUAAAUGAGAAGAUAAUAAAAUAUAAUUACUAGAAAUGCACUAUCAUCUGUUGAAAAUGCUUAUAAUGAUAAAAUUACUAUGCUAAAAGAAAAAUUAUAAAAUGAGCGAAAAGAAAGACAUGUUGCAGGAGUUGCUUAGAAAUAAGUAAGUUAAUUUUUUAUUUGAAAGAUUCUCUCUAAAUUAGAAAAAGAGUUAAAAGAUGAAAAAAUUAAAUAAAUUUAAGAACUGAAAGAUAUAUGGAGAUAAGAAAAAGAAAGAUUCGAUUAUUUAAUGAAAGAUGAUGGGGAAUUAGAAAAAAGAAUUCUAUAAAUUUAUAAAAAAUAUUGAG